AUGUCACUUUAUUUAACCCAUAUAAAAGCGGCAUGGGAACAGAUUUUGCGCUGUGGUGACACAGUCCUGCCAUUUUCAGCUGUUGACGCAGCUACUGUAAAAAACCUUGAGCUCCUAGCUCCUAAAAAUUCAACGACUGACAAAGAGUUGGUAGCCAACUUAAUGGAACGCAGAGAGAUAUUCGCCUCUCAGCAUGAUGCUAAUCUUCGAAAUAUCCUUCUGAAGAACAUAUGUUCAUUUCCUGGUAUAAUUCCAUCGUUAGGGACCUUUUUUGAGAUGCUUAAGUACCUGGAGCCACUCUGUGAAGCACUCAGAUACUUGCUAGGCGGGCAGAUGAAAGGAACAAUCCGCUCAAGUUUCAAGGGCCUCUACUUCGCCCCUCCUAAGAAUAUGGUGCAGAUCAACGAGACUGAAGACGUUGAGAUCAAAGUAGCGCUUAGCCAGGAUCAAGCAAUGAUGGUUGCAUACACAGAGCUAUGGGCGUUCUGUAGCCGGCACUUUGAUAGCUUGACAGCAUUCACACCCAGGAAAGAAACAGGACAACCAAAGCCUCGUGUCAAAGGACCGAAUCCAGUGGUUUGGCGAUACUUGGCAAAACUUGCUCUGUCUCGAGGCUUUAAGAUAUCACAUGCCCAGGACCUUAUAGCGAAAGAGGAACACUUUCAUUCGCAACUUGCUUUAGAGUACCUUCAAAAGGCAAAACCUAUGUGCGCGAGCUUCCCUAAGGACCAUAUUCGAAUAGUGGUAGAAGCAAUCCGAUCCGAUGAAACUUUUGACAACCAGGAAUCUACGCUGCUACUCCCGCACCUUGAACUUGAUCGGCGGUUUGGACGACCUUUUGAACGCGACCUGCUCGUAGAGAAGAAGAUAAUGUUUCUACCACAUUUGAGCAGCGAUCCGCAAUGUGAAAACUUAGACUUGCGAUUAGCACGUCGUGAUCUCUUCUGGUGCAUGUUCACCAACUUAGAUUUUCGGGGUCAGGAUUUUGGGUUACCCACCACAGCCCCAAACCCAGUUCCCGAUAAUAUAGAUGUUGACAUGUCUAAAUCACAAGAAUUGGAUACCGAACACCAUCAGAUCCUAGUAGACACAUCUAAGAAGCAACAAAAGAACAUUGAGGAUCUGAAGAAUCAAAACAUAGUUUUAAAAGACCAAUUAGAAAAUGAACACCAGCAACUAAAAAAUGCUUAUACCCGCAUCAUGGGAGAACACAGUACGUGCAAGAAUGUUGAAGACGAACUCCAGGCUCUGGAACAGCGAUACCGAAUCCAGUCAGAAGAGAACAAAGAGCUUGCCUCUGAAAACGCUAGACUUCGACAACAGCAGAAAAUUGCAACUGGAAUUCAAACCAUGAACGAAGAUCCUCGAAAAGUACAGCAAUUACAGGAGCCUCUUGAAAUAGAAGCGACAACUAUGUCAGUAUUAGAGGAAAGUAACGGUACAGAAUCAGAUAAUCCGGCCACUUACAUCUGGAGAAACCACGAAGAAAAGAAUACACAAGAGAUCUUUUUUGUCUAUGUUGUCAAUAGAGAUGGCGACCUAGAGGGUCGUGGCUUUGAGAUAAGCAAGAGUUCAGAACAAGCGAUACCCCAAAUAACCGAUAUAUUACGUCAGGCUGACACGACAUUCGGAAGUGGCGGAUACCAUGCAACCACUGUACUGGGGUUGCAACUCACUAACAUGGAGCCUGGAUAUCUGUUCAAUUGCCUUCAGGCAAACUCGACGAUAUUUGUUGGAAAUACUUCUACACUAGCAGCAUAUAAUUCAGCUUCCACUGUAGCGGUGUCGCCUUCAAGAUCACAUCAGCAGGCUGUUACGAUUGAACAAGCUUCUAGCGAUGCUUUGGCAAAAAGAUUAAUCAAGCUAGAUUCAGAAGACGCAAGAAAAGAGAUAAAAGGGUCUUCGACUAUCACAAGCUCAACAAAUGCAGGUGCGAAGAAAAAAAGACCAAUAGGAAUAUUAAACUCUAAGAGGGCUUCGAGUAGUUAA